ACCCAUCAAACGUUACUAAGUUUCCCUUGACACUUUCAUUUGAUGAUGGUGAGCUAUCAUAUAUGACGUUGAGGUGGAAGGAAAUAAGACAUAGCAGUCAAAAAAUGUCACAACAACCGAUCAACCACUAAUAACAUUUUAUCAAUAUUAAAAAUAAAAUAAAUGAAAAAACCGUCGUUUGUGUAAUUACCUUAAUUCCCUAAUCCCUAUACAAAAACUAAAAGAAACACUAAUCUCAAAAAGUGCAAAAUGGAAGUCUCGUCGGCGACCACCUUGCAUCAUCUUCCUCCCUGUAUCGUUUGGUUCUGCUGCAUCAGCAAAUCAUGGUGUGACUUCCUCCCCGAUCCCUCCUUCAUCAGCAAAAACCAAUCCUCCUCUGCUUCUCCUCCUAAUCAUCAUAAAUUCCUCUUCGUGGAUGGAGCGCACUGAAAACAGAUCUCGCCGCCUUCACAGCUGACAUUCCUCCGACACACCAGAGCGGAUCCAGCUGCUCUUCGAUCCGCUCAAGUCGCCCUGCCUGGACAUGAGAUUCGUCGGAUGCUGUAACGACCUGCUUUGUCUAAUCCAGUCGGACAGAAAGCAGGACGACCGGAUCCUCUGGAACCCGGCAACCUCCGAGUCCAAGGUCGUCCCGCCUUCACAUUUCGAGCGUCGAUCUGACUUUUCGGCCAGCACGAUCAGGUUCGGUUUCGAUCCGGAAUCGAAUCAAACCAAAAUCGUUAGGCCGCUUUACAUCGAGUCCUGAUUUACAUCGAUUAGGGGAUUGGGGGAAUUUGGCUGGCUGGGAGUGCGUCGAUGGGGUAGUGCAAGUUUCCGAUCAGGGGGAGCUUGGGUGGCCCUGGCGGCAGUGGGUUUUGGUUGUGGUGAGUUGAGAUUCGGAUUGUGUUUUAUGGCAAGAGAUUCUGGCCGUGACGGGGUGGUGGUGGAGGGGAAGAGAAGGCGUCGGCGGGGGAUGUUGUCGUGCGUUGAAUGUUGUUCUUAGGGUCUGUGCGAUGAGGUGUGGACGUGUGCGUUGGCGGUGGUGUGUCUGGUGAAAGCCAGAGGAGGGAGGAGAGACAAAGGCGAGGGUGGAGAAGAUGGGGCGACUGAGGAGACGAGGGGGGAGGGAUUUUUUAGUUCUUAUUUUGUAUUUUAGAUUUUAUUUUUAUGAUUUAUUUUAUUUUAUUGGACGUUUUGGAUGUUGAGGUGGACGCUGAGAUGGAGCACUAUUUAGAAUACUUAACGGCAACAGAAUUAUAGCAAUACUUUGAUCGGUUAUAAUAUGUUUGGCUAAUUAAUAGUAUUUCAAUAG